AUGCUAUGGUGUAUGCAACAGUGUCUUCUAAAAAUUGUGAUCAGCGUGGUUGUAGUCAGUGGUACAGAGUCUAGUCUGAGGCCCAUAGCUAGCAGUGUUGACCAGGGGUUGGACACAACGGGGAGCACCUCGGCACAUAGACCUCCACCCCCUCCCCGGCAGGUCCGCUCUCCGGCAGGCGAGGCCCUGCCAGGCGCACCUCCUGUCCCACGGAGGGGCUCGCACGGCACCCGCCACGUGGCUUCGCCUUUCUGGGGCGGCUCCCGUACCUUCGCAGCUAAAGUCACCCCCGGAGGAACCACCGUUAUCGGGCCGGGAGCCGGCGCCUCCCGCACCUCCCGCGCCUCACCACACCCAGCCCCGCACCCGCAGCCCCUCGCAGCCCAGGGCCCGCACUCACCCGGCCCGGGCGCCCGCGGCGCCGCCGAGGGCCCGCGAGGCAGCGGAGGGGCCGGGACACCAGGCGCGGCGCGGGAGCGGCAGCCGCCGCAGGGCAGCGCGCAACACCGCGCUCAUCCCGCACGGCUCAGGGAUGCGGAGCGCUGGCGCCGCGCCUCUCCCCGCGGCGGGCGGACUGCUGCCCCGCCGCGAACAGCCCUCGCGGGGAGGGCGCAGGCCCGCCCCUUGGCUGGAGCCGCCGCGCGGGUCAGCCCGGGAGCCCGGCCGGCCGCCCACCCCGAGCCUCAGCCGGGAUGGGCGGGGCCGAGGGGGCGCGGAGCUGACUCGGUCCGGGCCGGGCGCGUGGUCUCCUGGCGGGGUCAGGGGGUCAGGGGGCGAGCCCGGCCGGGGGCGUCACCUGCAGCGCUGCCCCCGCGGCCCGCCUCCCACCCGGGCUAUAAGAGAGCUGUCUGA